GCUCUGACCAGCUUGCCCGCUGGCUGAGGCGGGUCCGGCGCCGCGAGGAAGUGCUUCUCUGAGGGGCGGAGAGAGGCCGGGCCGGCGCGGCGCUACUCUGUGACGUACGUCCCCGCGGGCGGUGGCGGCGGCCCUUCAUGCUGCGGCGCCCGCUGGCCGGGCUGGCGGCGGCCGCCCUGGGCCGGGUCCCCUCGGACGUCCUCAAAAUGUAGGAGGAAAUUCUCCUGGCACGGGAAGCUCCAAACAGCUUGUAAAACCCCUGCAGCUUGAGGACUUCGUGCUGGAUGCCAUUGUGGACCCUGCAGGAUGCGUGGGGGCAGAGAGGGGAGCAGCCUGACACCCCUCUCCAAGGGAUGUCAGGACCAAGGCCCGUUGUCCUGAGCGGACCCUCAGGGGCUGGGAAGAGCACCCUACUGAAGAGACUCCUGCAGGAACACAGCAGCAUCUUCGGCUUCAGCGUGUCCCACACCACAAGGGACCCGAGGCCAGGAGAGGAGAACGGCAAAGAUUACUACUUUGUGACCAGGGAGGUGAUGCAGCGGGACAUUGCCGCUGGAGACUUCAUCGAGCAUGCCGAGUUCUCAGGGAACUUGUAUGGGACCAGCAAAGCAGCUGUGCGGGCCGUGCAGGCCAUGAACCGCAUCUGCGUGCUGGAUGUGGACCUGCAGGGCGUGCGCAACAUCAAGAAGACCGACCUGCAGCCCGUCUACAUCUUUGUGCAGCCACCCUCACUGGAUGUCCUGGAGCAGCGGCUGCGGCAGCGGAACACAGAGACGGAGGAGAGCCUGGCUAAGCGUCUGGCUGCUGCCCGGGCUGACAUGGAGAGCAGCGAGGAGCCCGGCCUGUUUGACCUGAUCAUCGUCAACGACAGUCUGGACAAGGCCUACUGGGCCCUGAAGGAGGCGCUCUCCGAGGAAAUAAAGAAGGCUCAAGCAACUGGUCACUCCUGAGCAGGUCCACCGGCUAUAACUCCUCAGGUGGGGCCUAGGGCCUGGCACCCACCCGCAGCGGGCCAGGAUCUCCGGCGGUGGCUCUGCUCACCUCAGCUAGCACCCAGGGUUUGGGGUGCUGCCUAUCUUCCCUCACUCCCCCACCGUGACUGGAGGAGUUUGCUCUCACCCCCUCUCCCCAUGUCCAUUUCUAGGCUUCCUCCCCACCCUGCCCUAUCAACCCCCCUCCCAUGGAAGCUGGGCCAACAUCCAAAUAAAAAACUGCUGGGUUAGAGUGUC